UGAAUUUUAGUUUCAAUUCAAGACUUCACUACAAUGGCAUCAGUUUCGAGAUCAGCGUGGCUCUUCAGUCUCUAUCUCUGCCUCUGUCUCUGUCUCGGCGCGGAGGGGCUGCGCCAGCGUGGGCAGCAGCUGCUGCCAGGCGAAGCAGCUGAGGGCACGCAUCUGCGCUCCAAUCCUAAACCUAUUCAGGGCCGCAUUGCGGGUGGUCAGCAGGCGGAGCUGGGCGCUUGGCCCUGGAUCGUCUCGUUGCAGAAUCAGUUCGGUUUUCCCUUUUGCAGCGGUGUCAUCAUCGACGACCUUUGGAUCUUGACCGCCGCCAGCUGUGUGGCCGGCUUGCGUGCACGCAACCUAAUAGCUUUAGCUGGCACCGUGAGCUCCUGGAAUAACUCGGCGGCAGGUUACUACGUCGAUCAGAUACACAUACACUGCAACUUCGAUAAGCCGCUUUAUCACAACGAUAUUGCGCUGCUGCAUUUGAGUGGUGCAAUCGAGUACAACGCGGAAGUGGCCAAGGUAACGCUCUCGGAGAUCGAUGAACUGCAGCAGGGCGAGCCGCUGAGCUUUGCGGGCUGGGGCACAGAUUCGGUAGAUGGCAGCAAUUCGCAGUAUUUGCUGCAAUCGCAGGGUGACUACUUGCCCGUGACCGAGUGCCGGAAAGUGCUGCAAAACGACGAUGACGUGGACCUCGGCCAUGUGUGCGUCCAGAUGGAGGCGGGCAAGGGUGUCUGCCAUGGCGAUGCCGGUGGACCACUGAUCAAUGCCCAGCAGCAGCUGGUCGGCAUUGGCAAUUGGGGCGUGCCCUGCGGCCGCGGCUAUCCGGAUGUCUACAGCCGUGUGGCAUUCUACAACGAUUGGAUACGCACCAUCACGACAGGCUGUGGCCAGACUGAGGCCUAGAUCGUAAAUCCAUUAUCAGCUCUUGAUUUCUA